AUGGGAGACGAGCCGAUAGACGUUGCACCGAAACGCAAACGGGACGACGAGUCGAAACAGCCCGACCUGGUGCCUGUGGAGCCGCUUGUGCGGAAACGACGGAUCAAGAAGUUCAGAUCGUCGCACCGUCGCGACGAGGAAACACCCCCGCAGUCAAGACCAGUGUCCUCGUCGCCCGCACCAAUCGCAGAUAACCUGGUGGGACUCAACCAGGACCAGAAGGACGAUAUCAUUAGACAAAAGUACAACCAGCAGACGCACCAUGCGCGCAAAACCAAACGGACAGAGUCCAAAAUCUACAAGCUGCGCUCGUUUAAUAACUGCAUUAAGUACAUCCUUAUCCACAAGUACGCGCGGCCGCACGGCAACGUGCUGGAGCUCGGGUGCGGAAAGGGCGGCGACAUGGCCAAAUGGGAGGCGGUGCAGACCCGGUCGUACGUGGGGGUCGACUUGUCUGAUUUGUCUGUCAAGGAAGCUAUAAACAGAUACAAGCGGUCGCGGUACCACUUCCACGCGGUGUUUGCCACGGGAGACGCCUUCAACACGCCCGUGCCCAAGAUCCUGGCUGAUUUCCGCGACGAGGUCAAUCUCGAGUUCGACACUGUGUCGAUGCAAUUUUGCAUGCAUUAUGCUUUUGAUUCCGAACAGACAGUGAGAAACAUGUUGGAAAACGUCUCGCGGUCGUUGAAACCGGGCGGGAUGUUCGUGGGCACAAUCCCGUCCUCGGAUUUCAUCCGCUGGAAGAUCAACAAGCUCGCUCCGGGCGAGCGCAAAUGGGGAAACUCGAUCUACUCGGUCGAGUUCCCAGCAGAACCUCCCAAAGACGCCAAGUUCGCCAGCCCGUUCGGAAACGUGUACAACUACUUCCUUGUGGAUGCCGUGGACAACGUGCCCGAGUAUGUCGUGCCGUUCGAGACAUUCCGCGCGCUGUGCGAGUCUUACAACAUGGAGCUGCGGUUUAAAAAGAACUUUUUUGAGCUCUUCAACAAAGAGAUCCCCAACUACUUCCGCAAACUGCCCACGCCUGUGGUGGAGUCGCUGCGGCGCGAAGACGGCUCCUAUGGCGUCAGCGGCGAGGACAGAGACGCGUGCUCGUUCUAUCUUGCGUUCGCGUUCGAAAAAGUCGGUGUAUAA